ACGCGUUCAAAAAAAAAAAAUACGUUUGGAUUGUCCUCCACCACACACCUUUUCUGCAUACCAUAAUGAAUUCAAUAAUUUCUCCAGCAUCUACAACAACGCAAAAAAAGGAACUACCAACAUGUACCUCAUAUAAAGAAGCAUACAAGAAAUUAGAGUGGCGACGGUACAUAACAGCAGGGAUCGCGUUAGGUGGGAUUUCAGUGAUUAUAACCAUCUGCUUCCAAGCACUAAUAGCGUUUCCAACACGUUAUUCAUUAUUCACGACAAUCAGAUACUCUUUAAUACUGUUUCUCUGCACUGGUGCUACGUGCCUGUCCCGUUAUUCCAAAACCACGCUAUGGAAGCCGAUCUCACCAAGCGACGCUUCAGAAAUCCUCAAUCUUGCAACGUCGUCUGAUAGCUUGUUUGCAAUUAUCGUUCAACUUAUUUCCGGACUCGCUAUCGUUCAAUCGUAUAUUUGGAUAUUGUGUGGCGAUACAUAUGAUAGGAGCUUCCUUGUGCAUCCUCACGGUGAACGGUAUGGACUUCGACAACUCAACGAAGACAACUUGUUCGUUUCAUUCUAUGCAAUUGUCCUUGGAAUUGCCUACGCUGUUCUGUAUAUCAAAGAGCACAGAUGGGUUAUGCGCAUUCCAUCUUCUCGGCAACCACCUGCCAUGGCACUUAAGUUGAGUGCAGCCACAGCUGUUUAUGAUGGUACAAAAUUAGCAUUCGUUGUCUUUGGUGCAACCUAUAUCCUGUAUAUCUUCCUUGAUGGCCUUGUUUAUCGAACAUCGGCUUACUUGACUAGCUUCUUGCCAUGGUACAGCAGAGUGCUUGAGGCACCAGUUAUUCGGCUCAGCUGGUUUGAUCUAUACUUGUUUCUACGUAUGAUCCUGGGUGGUUGCGUUGCUACUAUUUCUUGGAUCAUGGGCGAUCGAGUUGUGGAUGUUUAUUUCGCAGUGCAAGAGUUGAUUUCCAAAGAUUACAAAAAUGCUCAUGAAUGUUUGGUUUCUGGCUUGCGGGACAGCAAGAACCCGUAUGUUCAGGCUACUGCAUUUGCUGAGCUGGCCGAGAUUGCAAGCAAACACCCUGCUGAACGCGCUGCACUCUUCAAUGACAUGGGAAGCAAUGCUAACAGCACUGCAUGGAUUCAAAUUUCUCGCGAGUGCAUGAACGUGCUAGACACAUUGGGCAAAGAUAUUGAACGCGAAUACACGGGUGUAAAACCACUUGCUCCAGCACCAGUACGUAAAGAAGAAGUUGCACCACCGAACCGUAUCGAGUUGAAGGACAUGAAUGUAUUCUCUAAGCCUAAAACGGAUACAGUUGUUUUGGAUGACCGUAUAAUCCGUCUAUUUGCGUCAGCACCCACCCCCCCUCAAGUCAUGGCUACCACUCCAGAAACAGAUGCCCCUAAGCAUCUCGUGAUUAAAGCAAUGGAGCGUGCAAAAACUCAAGUUAAGCAAUGGAAGUUUGUGCAAGACUUGUCGGCUGUCACUGCUGAACGAAAAACCCGCCGAAUCUUUAGCAACUAUCCUGUCCUUGUAUGGGCUAUUCAAUCUCUUGGCAGUUUGACAGCAGCAUCAUACAACGAGGAUCCUUAUGGUUUGGUGCAGCGGGAUAUUGGUAAAGUGGUGGAUACGCUGUUAGCAAGUGUCAUGGAUAUCGAGCGUCUUGUGCGUUCUCCGCCCCCUUCAUACACAAAGUUACCGCCUGGCUACACUGGAGAUCGGGCUAUGCUGAUGGAGCCAGAAUUUGUGUUGUUGGGUUUACGAGAGGCCAUCUACCAAAUCGUCACAUCGUUCCGAGAAUACCUUGAUGAUAUUUCGGUUUCAAAGAGAUAUGCCAAAAAAUGGGAAAGCUUUGUAGAAUUUAGAGAAUAAAAUACCGCCAUCUAUUUUAAAGGGGA